GACAGGCUGGCGAGUUCCGGGCGGCGAGUCCCCGCGCCUUCCCCUCCUCCAGCGGCUCCAGCUGCGCCAGCUGCGCGGGGACCCCGAAGCUGCCGCCACCUCCGCUGCAGCGUGUGUGCCCGUUCCCCAGGCCCGCAGGUUCCUCCCUCCUUGGCCACAGAUGGAGACUAACUGGAGAAGCAGGUGGACUUGCAUUCCCUUCGGCCUCUGUCGAUACUCAGUGUUGAAAAACUUCUGAAAUUUGGAACAAGUGCUGCUGUCAGUAGACAAGAAAGACAACCUGGGACUUUCUCUGUGAAUGCCACCUUUCAUUUUCAGAAAACUCACAAGGACCUGAUUAGGUUGCCCGUAUUUGUCCUGUGGUCCCUCGGCGUACCUCUGAGAAAUCAGCAUGUCACUGAAAAGUGAGCCCAGGGUGAACACUUCAGCACUGCAGAAAAUCGCCGCAGACAUGAGCAAUCUAAUAGAUAACCUUGACACCCGGGAACUCCACUUUGAGGGAGAGGAGGUGGAGUAUGACGCAUUUCCUGGAGACCCCAAGGCUCAGGAAGAGUACAUCCCAUUCUCUUCCAUUUACAACACUCAAGGAUUUAAGGAGCCCAACAUCCAGACCUACCUCUCCGGCUGUCCUGUUAAAGCGCAAGUGCUGGAAGUGGAGCGCUUCACGUCUACAACAAAGGUGCCAAGUAUCAAUCUGUACACUAUUGAGUUAACACACGGGGAAUUCACGUGGCAAGUGAAGAGAAAAUUCAAGCACUUCCAAGAGUUUCAUAGAGAGCUGCUCAAGUACAAAGCCUUCAUCCGAAUACCCAUUCCCACGAAAAGACAUACUUUUAGAAGACAAAAUGUCAAAGAAGAGCCCCGAGAGAUGCCCAGUCUGCCCCGUUCAUCAGAAAACACAAUGCAGGAAGAACAGUUCUUUGGCAGGAGGAAGCAACUGGAAGAUUACUUGACAAAAAUCCUAAAGAUGCCCAUGUACAGAAACUAUCAUGCCACGACAGAGUUCCUUGAUGUAAGCCAGCUGUCUUUCAUUCAUGAUUUGGGACCAAAGGGCCUGGAGGGGAUGAUCAUGAAAAGAUCCGGGGGACACAGGAUACCAGGUUUGAAUUGCUGUGGCCAAGGAAGAGCCUGCUACCGGUGGUCAAAAAGGUGGUUGAUAGUGAAAGACUCUUUCCUGCUGUACAUGAAACCGGACAGCGGGGCCAUCGCCUUUGUCCUCCUUGUGGAUAAAGAAUUCCGAAUAAAAGUGGGAAGGAAAGAAACAGAAACCAAAUAUGGACUUCGAAUUGAUAAUCUUUCAAGGACACUGAUUUUAAAAUGUAACAGCUACCGCCAUGCUCGCUGGUGGGGAGGAGCCAUAGAAGAGUUCAUCCAGAAGCAUGGCGCCAACUUCCUCAAAGACCAUCGCUUUGGUUCCUACGCCGCUGUCCACGAGAACAUGUUAGCUAAAUGGUAUGUGAACGCCAAAGGUUACUUUGAAGAUAUUGCAGAUGCAAUGGAAGAGGCGACAGAAGAGAUUUUCAUCACCGACUGGUGGUUAAGUCCGGAAAUCUUCCUGAAACGCCCAGUAGUGGAAGGCAACCGCUGGAGGCUGGACUGCAUCCUCAAACGGAAAGCACAACAAGGCGUUCGGAUCUUCAUAAUGCUUUACAAAGAGGUGGAACUAGCCCUCGGGAUCAACAGUGAAUACAGCAAGCGGACUUUGAUGCGGCUGCACCCCAACAUAAAGGUGAUGAGGCACCCAGACCAUGUGUCAUCCAGCGUCUAUCUGUGGGCUCAUCAUGAGAAGCUUGUCAUCAUCGACCAGUCGGUGGCUUUUGUGGGUGGGAUCGACCUAGCCUAUGGAAGGUGGGAUGACAAUGAACACAGACUCACAGACGUGGGCAGUGUCAAGCGGGUCACCUCAGGACUGUCUCUCACAGCAGCAGCAGUAGAAUCUAUGGAAAACUUAAGCCUCAAGGACAACCACGGGUCUCAUAAAAACAAGCCCAUCCUGAGGAGUGCCGAUGAAAUAGACGCCAAGCUGAAAGGAGUCGGGAAGCCCCGGAAAUUCUCCAAAUUCAGUCUCUAUCGACAGCUGCACCGUCGCCAUCUGUACAACUCGGACAGUGUCAGCAGCAUCGACAGUGCCUCCAGUUGUUUUAGCCACUAUAGAAGCCACCAGAAUUUAAUCCAUGGUUUAAAGCCCCACUUGAAACUCUUUCGCCCUUCCAGGGAGUCCCAGCAGGGACUCAGUGGGCACAGCACUGACACUGGCUCCAUCCGAAGUGUGCAGACAGGCGUGGGAGAGCUGCACGGGGAGACCAGGUUUUGGCAUGGGAAGGAUUACUGCAACUUUGUCUUCAAGGACUGGGUUCAACUGGACAAGCCUUUUGCUGAUUUUAUUGACAGGUACUCCACCCCUCGGAUGCCUUGGCAUGAUAUUGGUUCUGUGCUUCAUGGGAAGGCAGCUCGCGAUGUGGCUCGCCACUUCAUCCAGCGCUGGAACUUCACGAAGAUUAUGAAGCCAAAAUACCGCUCCCUUUCCUACCCUUUCCUGCUCCCAAAAUCUCAAAGCACGGCGCAUGAGCUGAGGUAUCAGGUGCCUGGGGCGGUCCCCACCAAAGCGCAGUUGCUCCGAUCUGCUGCUGAUUGGUCUGCUGGUAUAAAGCACCAUGAGGAGUCAAUCCACUCUGCCUACGUCUACGUCAUAGAGAACAGCAAGCACUAUAUCUACAUUGAAAAUCAAUUUUUCAUAAGCUGCGCUGAUGAUAAAGUUGUGUUCAACAAGGUGGGCGAUGCUAUUGCCCAGAGAAUCCUAAAAGCCCACAGGGAAGGCCAGAGAUACCGGGUGUACAUUGUGAUACCACUGCUGCCAGGAUUCGAAGGUGACAUCUCCACAGGUGGAGGGAACGCUCUACAGGCGAUAAUGCACUUCAACUACAGAACCAUGUGCAGAGGCGAGAACUCCAUCCUUGGACAAUUAAAGCCAGAGCUUGGUAAUCAGUGGAUAAAUUACAUCUCAUUUUGUGGCCUGAGAACACAUGCAGAGCUGGAAGGGAAUCUGGUCACUGAGCUCAUCUAUGUGCACAGCAAGUUGCUAAUUGCUGAUGACAACACCGUUAUUAUUGGAUCUGCCAACAUCAAUGACCGGAGCAUGCUGGGGAAGCGAGACAGUGAAAUGGCUGUCAUAGUGCAGGACACAGAGACAGUCCCUUCAAUAAUGGAUGGAAAAGAAUACCAAGCUGGCUGCUUCGCCCAAGGGCUUCGGCUGCAGUGCUUCAGGCUUGUCCUUGGCUAUCUUUCUGAUCCCAGUGAGGACCUUCAGGAUCCUGUGAGUGACAAAUUCUUCAAGGAGAUUUGGGUUUCAACAGCAGCUCGGAAUGCUACCAUUUACGAUAAGGUGUUCCGUUGCCUUCCAAAUGAUGAAGUGCACAAUUUAAUGCAGCUGAGAGACUUUAUAAGCAAGCCCAUAUUAGCAAAAGAUGAUCCCCUUCGUGCUGAGGAAGAACUGAGAAAGAUCCGAGGCUUCUUGGUGCAAUUCCCCUUUUAUUUCCUAUCUGAAGAAAACCUGCUGCCUUCUGUAGGAACCAAAGAAGCAAUUGUGCCCAUGGAGGUUUGGACUUAAGACAAACUCCUUUGCACCUCAAGGACUUCCAACCUGAAGACCACAUUGCAUAUGGCGACUUCCUUAAGGACCUCAUGGCCAAAGUGAGGCCCGAUGAAUCCCUGCGACCUACUCAUUGGACUCUUUGGAGUGGAUGAGGGGACAGUGGUCACAUUGGUGUAAGGGCACUUGGCAUAAGCAGGACUUCAUUAUGUCUCCUGCUUGUCCUUGAGUAAAUCGGCUAUGUCCUUGUUGAUGGCAUAUGCUCAAACAAUACCAAACACAGAUACAAAUGCCAUGACAUAUAUCAAAACCUGUCUUCUGCACUAACAAGAAUCUACCUGUAACUGUGAUCUGAGUUGCCAAGAGUCGCCUGAACUCUCUUGCCCUCCUCUGAUGCUCAUUUAUGCAGCUGGGCCCCACCAAGCAUGCCCUCAUCUUGUCCAUACAUCCCUGUUUAAGAGAUUGCUUAUCAAUGAAAGAUGUGGAGAGCUGCUUUGAGAGUCCUCAAGGUUCCAGAGGACAUGAGGGCAUUUACUAAGCCAAGAAGUUGCUUUUUGUUCCUUCUCAGUCACUGUAGGGACUCACAGACUUUGCCAAGCUACCCACAUUGAUUAGGCACUUCUGAGGACAGCAAUGGUCUGUCUUGACAAGAGGAAGGUGUUAAAUCCCAAUGCUGAAGAAGAUAUCUCUCUUGGUUCCCAAAGACACUGCCAAGCUGUGUCCUUGUCAUUGGGCCCAUCUGAUAAAGUCUGUAAACAUGUGCAGGGGAUGCCAAAACAUAGCAACCAGAUAAACACAGAGAGAGCCUCCCAGGUGUCAGUGGGAAUCCAGUCAGCUAAAGGACCAGACUCUCCAUUAGCCACUGAGUUGGUCAAAAAGCUAGAUUCCUUAUGGAGCAAUCCUGUGGAUACAAUUUGUCUUCCAAAAGAACCGGAGGCAUUAUAAUGCUUUCCAGCUAACAAGCAGGAGUCUAACCUUAUUUACCCUCCAGAUUUCCCACUACAUCUUCUUUAGGAGAAAAACAAUUGAUUAUUAAGAUGAGUUACUUUGCUUGCACUGAUAACUAUACAGUAACAUUCCAACAUGGCUUCCAAAGAAGUUGCAAUAGUAAUGUCCCAGUCUGAAAUGUACAUAUCCACUUUCCCUUUCAGAUGGUAUGGUGUCCUUGAUAGACCAAAUUUCAGAGUUCUUCUUCAUUCCUAGGAGCGUUUAUGAGUUCCUGGAACCCUGGGGUCCUCUUCAAAGCAACUCCUGACUCAUGUUUUCAUGAACAGAUAUGCUGUUAAAAGAUGACACAGGGCCACAAAGUCAAUGUUAUGGGUUAGUAGCAGAGUGACAGUCACAUCCAAUGGAGGAUGUCACCACUAGGGAACAUUCCACAAAUGAGGUGGGAUUUGUAAUUAACAAUGGAAAUGAAUGUUUUUAUGAAUAAAUAAUUUAUUUCUUAUAUGGCCAA